AUGGCAGCAGACAGCAGCACAGCUUCUGAAGAAAAGACAAGCACUGCUCCUGUGAAAAGGGCUGUCCACAAGAUCCGGAUGGCCAGCCUAGUCGUCAGCGUGGCACAAGGCUGGCAACAGUGGGCAUCUGACCACCACACAAAGCAAGCCCAAGAGCCCUCUGGGUGGGUCCCUACUGCAGAAGACUCAUCAGCUCAGGCUGUAGAAGAAAGAUCCUUUGAAAAAUGGCCAAUUCCAUCUGUCAAGAGGGACCAAGGAAACAAAGAGGAAAAAUCCCUAGCAAAGGAAUUAGUGAUGACAAGAGAUGCUGAAAAGAACGCAAGGGAAUCAGAUGAAGCCCUCAAGAAGUUCAGCAUUAAAAGCAAAGAGGUGACCAAGACAGUUGUAAGCAAAGCCUACGAGCGAGGAGGUGAUGUCAGCCUCCUCAGUGAAAGAUAUGAGAAGAACAGCAGCAGCUCAGAGAUGGCCAAGCCCAAAGAACCAAGUGCUGUCGACAGAAUCCUUAGCAGCAGAUUGUCUCCAACCAUAAGGAGGAAAUGUUCAAACAUGGUAUCAGAGCUGACCAAGGGCUGGAAACAGAUGGAACAAGAGGACAAAGAGGGGGCUAGGGGAGAACUGCUGCUUAAGUGUCACAACGACAGCCUGGAUGCAGAGGACAGUGGCUAUGGGGAAGCAGAGGACAAACUUGAGCAAGAAGAGAGUGAGCAAGAGGUGACAGCUGUGAGGAUCAAGCGACCUGUGCCAGCUCUCUCAAGCAGGGUCAGUGAGGAAGCACGCAGCCAAGCCCACAGGAGAAGCAGCGCCGUGAGCAGCCUGAAGGACAGGUGGCAAGAGUGGGCCGAGCAGCACAUCGCGACGCAGAAGCUGAACCCCUUCAGCGAGGAGUUCGACCACGAGCUGGCCAUGGCCACGCGCCUGCACAAAGGGGACGAAGGCUACGGCCGCCCCAAAGAGGGAACCAAGACUGCCGAGAGGGCCAGGAGAGCCGAGGCCCACAUCCACCGGGAGAUCAGGGACAUGUGCUUCAUCAUCGAGUCCAUGGCCAGGCCGCGGCCCGACGGCAAGAUCCAAGUCACCUUUGGGGAGCUCUUCGAGAGAUACGUUCGCAUCUCAGACAAGGUGGUCGGGAUCCUCCUGAGGGCCAGGAAGCACGGGCUGGUAGACUUCGAAGGAGAAAUGCUAUGGCAGGGAAGGGAUGAUCAUGUCGUAAUUACUUUGUUAAAAUAA